CCCUGGGCGCCAUUUUGAAAAGGGCAAAAUCCCUCCCGGCGGCGGCGGCGGCGCGGGGCCUGCGGGGUCCCUCGGGCGCUCGGCCGCCGCCCCCCGCCGCCGCGGCAUGGCAGGGGCCGGCGGCGGCUGCCCGGGCGGCCACGACCUGCAGUGGUGCUUCUCGCAGGUCAAGGGGGCCAUCGACGAGGACGUGGCGGAAGCCGACAUCAUCUCCACGGUCGAGUUCAACUACUCCGGGGAUCUCCUCGCCACCGGGGACAAAGGCGGCCGAGUCGUCAUCUUCCAGCGGGAACCAGAGAAUAAAAGCCGCCCCCAGGCACGGGGAGAGUAUAACGUCUACAGCACCUUCCAGAGCCACGAGCCUGAAUUCGACUACCUGAAAAGUCUGGAAAUCGAGGAGAAAAUCAAUAAAAUCAGGUGGUUGCCACAGCAGAACGCAGCGCACUUCCUGCUCUCGACCAAUGAUAAAACUAUUAAAUUAUGGAAAAUAAGUGAACGUGACAAGAGAGCAGAAGGCUAUAACCUGAAGGAUGAAGACGGGCGGCUCCGAGAUCCCUUCAGAAUCACGGCACUGCGGGUACCGGUGCUGAAGCCCAUGGACCUCAUGGUGGAAGCGAGCCCCCGGAGGGUCUUCGCCAACGCACACACCUACCACAUCAACUCCAUCUCCGUGAACAGCGACCACGAGACCUACCUCUCCGCAGACGACCUGCGCGUCAACCUCUGGCACCUGGAGGUCACCCACAAGAGCUUCAACAUCGUGGACAUCAAACCCGCCAACAUGGAGGAGCUGACGGAGGUGAUCACGGCGGCCGAGUGCCACCCGCACCAGUGCAACGUCUUCGUCUACAGCAGCAGCAAGGGCACCGUGCGGCUGUGCGACAUGCGCUCGGCGGCCCUCUGCGACCAGCACGCCAAGUUCUUCGAGGAGCCCGAGGACCCCAGCAGCCGCUCCUUCUUCUCGGAGAUCAUCUCCUCCAUCUCCGACGUCAAGUUCAGCCACAGCGGCCGCUACAUGAUGACGCGGGACUACCUGUCGGUGAAGGUCUGGGACCUCAACAUGGAGCGGCGGCCGGUGGAGACGCACCAGGUGCACGAGUACUUGCGUGGCAAGCUCUGCUCCCUCUACGAGAACGACUGCAUCUUCGACAAGUUCGAGUGCUGCUGGGGCUGUGCCGACAGCGCCAUCAUGACUGGAUCCUACAACAACUUCUUCCGGAUGUUCGACAGAACCACGCGGAGGGACGUCACGUUGGAAGCUUCCAGAGAGAACAGCAAGCCCCGAGCCAGCCUGAAGCCCCGCCGGGUGUGCGCGGGCGGGAAGAGGAAGAAGGACGAGAUCAGCGUGGACAGCCUGGACUUCAACAGGAAGAUCCUGCACAGCGCGUGGCACCCCACGGACAACGUCAUCGCCGUGGCCGCCACCAAUAACUUGUACAUAUUCCAGGACAAGGUCAACUAGGUGCCGCCCACAUGUCCUGCGCGGUCCGUCCAGGGAGUCGUGUCCUCCGUGGGGACGGCAGCUGUGCGGCGGGACGCGGCUCGCGUGCGGGCCUACGUCUGCGCCGUCGCCGCUCCCGGCCCAGCUGAGCUGCCCGGGCAGGCCGUGGAGCAGCCGGCCGGGCGGCGGCUCCGUCCACCUGCGGGCCUCGGUGUCCGCCUGCAGGAGCCGCCGCCCCAGAGCCAGGCCAGGCUGGGCCAAGGCGGCCGCUCGGGGACAGGCCGGCCGGCAGCGGUCUGGGCACCGGCUCCGAGGGACACGUCGAACUUUCCUUCGAGCCUUCUUCCAAGUGGGGAGGGCGACGGCCCUUCCGGUCGCGUCAGAAUGGCCCGCAUGCCGACUCGCACCCCGCAUCUCUCGCCAGCGAGAUGGGACUGUGACGUCUUCCCCCUCCCCGAGCUGGGUCCCGCCAAGCAGAAUCAGGACUUCCCGGGACAGGCGGGCACGGCCACUCACCUCCUGUCCGGGUCCCGGCUGAGCAUCCGAAGCGACGUUUUCAUUUAAAAUGAUUCUCACGCUGUAUAUUGGUUGUAACGAUUCACAAAUCUGAGAUGGGAACAGAGCUAUUUAAGCAUUAGUUAACCCUGAUCCUUAAAAAACAAGAAAUUCUAGUAAAAUGGGAUUGUAUAUAUUUGUUCAACUAUUUUGACCAAAAGAUUUAAUAAAUUUUAAACGUUUACUGA